AUGAGUAAAUCUGAUUAUUUGAAGAAAUAUUUAUCGGAAAAAGAAACGUCUAAAGCUGGUAAAAAUAUAAAAGCCAAGCCAGUUAAAAAGUCUGGUGGAAUGAAGAUAAUUGAUGAGGAUAUCAAUAUGAAGCAGAUAACAUUCAAAAAUAACAUUGAACUUUAUGUUGAAGAAGAUGACGUACCACUUUGUGUUAACAUUGAGUAUGAGAGCGAAGAAAAAGUAAAUAAAUUACUUGCCAAAUUUACUACUCGAAAUUGGAUGAACAAAGAAGAAAAAAGUUGCGAAACGAAUAUGAGACAAAGACAUGAUAGUGAUUCUGAACCCGAAGCCACAGAAAAAAAAAAUUUUGUGGUGGCUCCUUCACUUACAAAAAACAAAAUCUCAAGAAGGCAUUCAAACUCAGCAUCAUCAGAUGCAUCUCCCCCUCGUAAGUUUAUAAAAAACUCAACACAAGAAGAUGCAGACAUAUCUCCUCCACGAAGAUGUACCAAAAGAAAAAAUCUAAACUCUGCACAAGAAGACACAGACAUAUCUCCUCCACGAAGACUAACAAAUUUGGAUCCAGACAAUUUUCCUGCAAGAAAGCAAUUGAAAUCUCAAGACAGCAAUUCAUUUGAGAAGGAUAGAGACACAGAAGAAAUUAUAUACAGAGAUAAAGGUAGAAAAAGAGAUUUUGUAAAAGAAAAAAAAGAGAAAGAAAAGAAUGAUGCCAAACAGAAAGAGAAAGAAGAAAAGUACCAGCAAUGGGGCAAGGGUUUAAAGCAAAAAGAAUUAAAGGAAGAACAUAUCUCUGAAGUUUUGCAUGAAGUGAACAAACCUCUUGCCAGAUAUGCUGAUGACGAAGAUUUGGACGAAAAGUUGAAAGAUGUUGAACGGGAAGGUGAUCCAAUGUUAGAAUAUAUAAAAAAGAAAAAAAGCAAAGAAUGUACUGGAUCAUCGAAAAGACCUAUAUAUAAAGGACCUGAAGCAAUGCCAAACAGAUUCAACAUUCGACCAGGCUAUCGAUGGGAUGGUGUUGAUAGAAGCAAUGGUUUUGAGAAACAAUUUUUUCUUAAACAAAAUGAACGUAAAGCACUUAGGGAUAUGGCAUAUAAGUGGAGUACUGAAGAUAUGUGA